AAAGAUGCGCCUAACUUGUCGCAUUAGUAGAAACGUAAUGCUUUUUGAUAUAGUGGCCUCCAGCCGACGUGUAAAUUAGUCCAGAAUUGUCAGCAAAACGAAGAUUUUUUUUGAAACGUUGUGUUUAGUCAAGUCGCUUAUUUGUACAGCCAUGUAACUGUGGAACGUAGUCAGGAAAUUUUUUUAAUUAUCUGUGCGUGGUGCGGUGCCGCAGUUGAACAUAGCGUGCUUGCAAACAUGUUGCGUUGCAGGGUUUUGAAAAACGUCGUUACCUGUGCAUCUCCGGUUAGCGUUAAGUAUUUUGCUGUAUCAGCGGCGCUCCACGUGCCCGAUAACACAGCGAGCCAAAAGCACCUGGAUCAAGAGCACGGAGAGAAAAUGAAACCCAGCGACUACUCCGUCCUGCUAUUCCCUGGGCAAGGCAGCCAGUUUGUGGGCAUGGGAAAGGGACUGACUAAAUAUAACAACGUGAAAGAAAUGUUCCAAGUAGCUGAAAAAAUUCUCGGUUACGAUUUGCUGUCGCUUUGUCUGAAUGGGCCUGAGGAAGAACUGCGCAGAACAAUCCAUUGUCAACCCGCCGUGUUCGUCACAUCUCUCGCAGCAGUGGAAAGGCUAAACCACGAGCAACCAGAAGCAAUUGAGAAGUGUGUUGCUACAGCAGGCUUCAGUGUGGGAGAAUUUGCAGCUUUGGUAUUUGCUGGAGCACUAGAGUUUGCUGAAGCAUUGUUUGCUGUAAGACUGCGUGCUGAAGCAAUGCAGCAUGCUUCUGAGAUUGCUUCCAGUGGAAUGCUGUCAGUUGUGGGAAGUCCUCAAUCGAAGUAUAAUCAUGCUUGUGUAGAAGCACAAAACUACUGCAAGGAACUGGGAAUGGAGAAUCCUGUUUGUACAAUUGCAAGCUAUUUGUUCCCAGACGGAAGAGUCAUUGCAGGACAUUUACAGGCACUGGAAUAUUUACAGAAGAAUUCACGCAAGUUUCAUUUCCUUCGCACUAAAAUGCUUUCUGUGAGUGGGGCAUUUCACACAUCACUUAUGCAAUCAGCUGUGGAACCACUGUCACAUGUUUUACAAAAACUGGACAUAAAAAAGCCAGGGAUUUCAGUCUUCUCUAAUGUGAAUGCUAAAAAAUAUACAUCCACUGGAAGUAUUCACCGUUUGCUCCUUGAACAGCUUAUUUCCCCCAUAAAAUGGGAACAAACCAUGCAUGCCAUUUAUGAACGUCAACAAGGCACAGACUUUCCAACAACAUUUGAAGUAGGACCAGGAAAUCAACUUGGAUCUAUGUUGCAGAAGUGUAAUUUAAAAGCUUGGAGAGCAUAUAAGCAUAUUGAUGUACAAACAGAGUAAAUAAAAUCAUAGAUGAAAUCAAUAGAUUCCUCUGAUCUCCAUUGGUUUGACAGUGUGUAAAAACUAUAUGGCUGAAUGAACAGAAUGAAAAAUUUAAAACUCUGCAGUUUUUAUACUUUGCAUGGACUUAACUGGAAGACCAAAGAAUAAUUCACAAUGAUUUGUUAUAACUAUUGUCUUCAUUAUCAGACACAUACUGAUGUGUGAAUGAUUACAUUUAUUGCCAAACAACAUUUUUGAUUUUGGGCAUCAAAGAAGAUGGCAUUGCAAGGUGUCUAUUUCUGAGGCAUCCAGUUUGAUAAA